AUGACAGCGCUGCGUCUUCUCCUCCUUCAGCUGCUCUGCUGCUGCCCCCGAGGCUGGAGGGCCCCCUCUCCCCGCCUCCAGCCACCACCCCUGGUGGUCUCCUGCUGGGGCCCUCACCGACAAGUCUCUCAGCGGCGGGACGAUGAGCGCUGGGUCUCAUGCCUGUGGAACAGCACCAUGAACUUGCGUUACCAGCCUGCCCCAGGAGCAAGACCGGAGGCAGAGAGGAAAGAGGGGCGGCCACCACCCCCACCACGCUGCUUCUGGUACCUGAACUCGGCCUGGGUGAAGAACACCUCGCGCUGGUCAGGCCAGGUCAUGCUGCAGACAGGCCUCCUACCAGCAGGUGCUCCUCCACCUGUGGCCUCCAGCCUCCUUACGGUGCAAUGCUCAUCUGCCUCAUGCGCUGCACCCGAGUGCUUUCACCACAACGUGAGCAUUGAAAUGUCUGGGCAGGAUAUGCGGCUGUUUGUGCUUUGGCCGCAGACGCACCUGAUCCGCGCGUGGCAGCCAGUAGAGCUGGGCUGGUGUGCACGCCUCAAGAGUGCCAGCUGGCAGUACCGCUUCAGCAGCCAGGGGGGCAGCCCCUCUACCCUUCUCCUUCCCAGCAGUGAGCACCAAGACACGCCACCACCUGCUGUCUACCCAACAGCCGAGUUGCAACAGACCUGUGCCACCUACUACAGCUACCGCUUGACUGUGCGCUAUAGGCACCAUGGGCUCCACGUUGCUUCCGUCAGCAUCAAGCAGAUGCCUCACGUAAGCCUCAGCCUCUCUCUCAAAGUAGAGCCUGACUUGCUGCAUGUCCUCAGUGUCGGCUCCAAGCUCCUUAGUGUCCCUCAACAGCCCCUCAGCCUCUCCUGGAGGCUUCAGCCCCUUACACCAAGGACACUGGCCUACAGACUGGUGGACACGCAGGCUAUAGGAGGUUGGCUCCGUUCCUACAGUUCCUUUACUCUGCAGAGCAACUUCUGUGGCACUCCCACACCUCAGAGCCUGGGUGAGGUGGUGGUGGCCAGCAUUUAUUUUCAUGUUGAUGGAAAGAGGUUCGAGGAAUUGACAGGAGAACUACAUCUACUCAAUGGUACCCUGAGCCUAUCUGCAGGCAAAGAAACUCCCACCCAUGUCAACCUUCACCCAGGAAAGACCAACAGGAGCACUUACAUUUUCAGGUACAAUCACAGAAUGUUUUACACAACCAAAGAAAACAACAGCCCUAUUUCCACAGAUGGCCCUAACACACGGACAGUGUUCUACCAACACAAGGAGCUCUCCUACCUACUCUCCAUAGAGUUCGUGGCCUUCCAGUGGUACAAGUUCAAUAUGUACCUUUAUAUGAAUCAGAAGAGGGCUUUGUUUAGGUCUCUGGCAGAAAGAGACCUUGAAGUCCAUGUUUUCAGCAGUGGCCGUCCUUCUUUUCUGCAAAGCUUUACUUAUUUAGUGUGGUUUAUCCCUGCACAACAUCCGAUGCUACAGUGCGAGUGGACCUUCCAUCUGCAGCUUUUUGGAACACAAAAAGACCACCUUCUCCAGAAUAGCACAUACACAUACAACGAUCAUGUAAGAAACGCCACACGUUUUGUUCGUCGCUCUGCUUUACCCUUUGAUCCAGAGAAAUACACGGGGUUUGUGGCAAAAGUGAACUGUACCAGAACUGCACAUACACCAGCUCUCUUAGGAGUCAGAGUCAACAACUAUGCUGCAAAAACCAUAGAAGCACCAGUGUCUUGCCAGAAACAAGCCUGUUACAUACACACCGUGUGGAUUCAGAGACCUGUUCUUCACACCUCUAUCCUGCGCCAGAAAAGGGGGACAUCUUUCUCUCUCUUUGUCAGAUUGCUAGUAGACUGCAGCAUCGGUAUAACUGUCAAGCCCUUGUGGCGAAUCUAUCCCGUUCCAGACACAACAACUAUUCCAGACUGGGAAAAACCAAUGAACUCUUCUUUGAUGUAUGGUGUAGACAUGAUACUCAUAACUGUUCCCAGUUUUACUUUAGAUUAUGGGUUGUAUCUGUUUUAUUUCACUGUUGAGAUAAUUCCAAUUAGGACCAAAACAGUCCUCAGGGGCUCAGAUAAAAUUUUUGUUCAGAUCGAGAGGACCGACCUAGUGGCAAAUAUUGCAGGAGGCACGUUCCGCGCAGUGGGUUUUUCUGAUAAUUGGACUCUUGAUGGCUCUGCAUCCUACGAUCCUGAUUCACAGGAAGGACUAAAGGGAAUCACAUUUACUUGGUACUGCACUAAAGACGUGUCAGACUAUAAAAACAUGAAAUUCAGCCCGGCAAAGAGAUGCCAUCCAGCCCAGAGGGAUUUGAAAUGGUUAACAUCCUCAGGUCCAGUUCAAGCAAUGCCACCAGAAUCCCUCCCAGGAAACACUGUAUACUACUUUCGUCUAGUGAUUCAAAAGGAUAGAAGGAGCAGUUAUGCCGACCAAACUGUAGAUGUGCAGCCCAGCUCCCCACUCCUUCUGGACAUGACAUGCCUUGAAAACUGUGGCAGCACUCUGAUUCCAACAGAGAGAUUUACUUUGUCUGGAAAAUGCCUAAACUGCAGAACGAACAGCCAGCCAGUCUACUACUGGUCCCUUUUUUCAGAAAACUCUACAGAAAUUAGCUUUGACUGGUCUUCCAGAACCUCAACAGGGAGGUCUGGGGCUUACCUGUCUAUACACGCUCUGACUUUUACAAAGACUGCACAUCGAUCCUACAUACUUCUGUUAAAAGUAACUACCUGGGAUGGUAGGUCCUCAAUCUACAGACACGCAUUUAAGGUAAAUUCUCCUCCUAGGGCUGGCAAGUGUACCAUCAACCCACACUGGGGUACAGCCUUUCUGACAAAAUUUGUUGUUCAAUGCAGUGGAUUUUCUGACAGCAAUUUACCUCUGAUGUAUAAAGUGAUAGUAGCUUCCAAUGUACCGAAAACUACCAAAAUAACUUCUGUGGAGGAAAAUACAUUUGGCACAAUUCUGUACUUUGGUUAUCAGCCUAAAACUCCUCCAUCUUUUCUCCCAAUUGGAGUGCCCUCCCAGAAGUACACCUUGACACUUUACGUUCAAGUCUGUGAUUCCCUUGGGGCGUUUACCCAAGUGAAUUUAUAUGUCCGCGUACGGAACCCAGUUAACAGUCGACCACUAGCUGCUGUGUUUCAUGAACUGCUGGCCUCAGUGAGUGGUUUAAGCGCACCGAUGACAUCUUAUCUCCAGACUGGAGACUAUUUUAGCUCAGGUUAUUUGGCUUAUCUGGCAGCCUCAGUCUUAAACUAUAUUAAAGCCUCACCACCUUUCGAGCUCCUUAAGGCUCAGUUUCGGGAAAGCCUGAUUAAAACAGUCCUGAAUAUUUCAGUUGAGAGCACAAUGGAAAUCAACCAAGUAGUUGCUUCUCUUUCUCAAGUCACAGAGGAAGCUGAUGAAUUGAACGUUAGAUCACAAGACCUUGUCAUUAAGAAACUGAUAGAAGUAACGGGAGUACUGAAGAUAGAGAGGAAUGAGACCCAUUGGUCUGAGGAAGCAGAAAUUCAGACCAGUGGAAUACUAAGAUGCUUGUCCAACAUCCUGAGAGCCGCUCGCCUGCAUCGCAGGAACGUCAAUGUACGUGGAGUUAAGCAAGUCUUCUCCAUCAUGGAAAAUUUAACAGAGAUAGUUUUCCAGGGCAAAGUCCCUGGAGAAACAGAAACUCUAAUGGAAACAAAACACUGGAAUAUCACUCUGAGGAAAGAUGAAACCUGGAACAUCGCAAAUGCUUUCUCUACCAGAAACACCUGCAGGAAUUGCUUUUAUCCAUCACUGAAAAAGGGAGAUUAUUCAGGAUUGCCCCACGAGGCUGUGAUUUCCACUGCCCUUUUUGAGUUUGAUGAGAACCCCUUCCCUUGGCUAGGUUACACAUCAGAAAUCACAACAAUGGUCUUGGGGUUCAAAAUGGCAGAGACCAAGGCUAAUGGGGAUCUACUAGGGAUUGUGCCUGAAGGAGCAGAAAUUACUAUUGCUAGGAAAGAUAAGGAAUCUUCAGCUUUUCAGUUAGCAAUGGGACCUGAUAAAACACAAGCUUACACAACUGGAGGAUUUAGUUUCGAAGUCAACAGAAAUACUAAGAGCAUAUACAUCCAGAUCCUGACAAAAUUAAAAGUUACUUUUAAGGUGCUAGUAUUUACAGGUGCCAAUGUCACUCAUGCUCAACCCAUAGCCUCGUUUUCUGCUUUUCACAACAUGCCAACAGUUGCAAACAAAAAUGAGACGGCUAGCACUGACUGUAACAUUAAGGCUCCCUAUAUUAUCUGUCUCCCAGAGUCACUGCUGACAGCCACAGCUCAAGGAAGCAGUACAGGCACUCAUAAUAUCUCCAUUGUCUUACUGACACCCUAUGUCGUAAGGUAUCAAACCCAGAGACUGGUGAGCAUACACGUUUUCAGCGAUCAGUGCUUAUUUCUGGAUGGGGUUCGCAGUCUGUGGAGAGAAGACACGUGCAGGCUUGGCUCCUUGACCGACUGGCAGAGGGUACACUGUGUCUGCAAUAUGAAGCGGAGUCGCAGAAGUCUGUCAGUCCACACUGCGUCAAACGCAUCCACGUUCGACAUCAGGUUCCUGGCAGCCAAAGUAAUAGUUACCCCCAACACAGUAGAUCUGGGAAGAGCCCUGAUAGCAGACAUACCUAAAAACCCAGUGACCCUCUUAACAGUGCUCUUUAUUUUUGCUGUCUACUUUCUUUUGUCCCUCUGGGCCAUGAAAAAAGACAGGGCUGACAGGAACAGCAAAGACAAGAUUAUAGUUCUGCCAGACAACGACCCCUUUGAUAAAGUGAGUUUUUUGGUCACUUUAUACACAGGCAGUCGCUGGGGAGCUGGAACCAAAGCAGAUGUCUUUCUUCAGCUCAUCGGCCAGAAUGGCAUGAGUGAUGUCCAUUGUUUACGGCACCCACAUUUUCCAUCUUUCCAACAAGGAAGCACUGAUUGCUUUCUGUUAACUACUAAGAAAGACUUGGGAGACAUUUGUUCCUUCAGGGUCUGGCACAAUAACAAGGGCCCAUCUCCAAGCUGGUUCUUAAGCAGAGCCAAAGUUGAGAAUAUGUCCACCAGGAAGACCUGGUUCUUUAUGUGCAGGAAAUGGCUUUCUCUUGACAAGGGUGAUCACUUACUAGAAAGGACAUUUUCCGUCACAAACCCCAAGACACCUCUGCCCAGAAUCGACUAUUUUUUGAUUAAUCUUGCCAACAGCCUGACAGAGGGCCAUUUGUGGCUCUCGAUUUUUGCUCACGUUCUCACUGGCACUUUCAGCAGGCUCCAAAGGUUGUCUUCGUGUUUAGCAAUAUUAUUAUUAAACUUGCUUGUUAACAUUAUGUUCUUUAAUGCUGACAAGAAUGAAGAAUCUCCAAUACACUUGAGGUAUUUGAGAUCAAUAACAGUAGGAAUUGAAUGUGCUUUGGUUACCAUACCUGUGGAAAUUAUGAUAAUUGCCUUAUUUAAGUAUUCCCAGAAGGAACCUUCUCCUCAUGGUGUGGCCCAGACGGACCCACAUGCAACUCCCCAAAACUGGAGUAAUUGCACAGUUUCUGAAAGAGAUGCAAAUGUAAUUGGAACGGAGGAGCAGACGAUAGCCACGAAUUCCCCUCCAAUGGCUAAGGCCUGCCAGAGAAGACCACCAUCAAAUUCCAAUUUUAGUAAUAAUUACGCAGAAGAAGGGGACAACUUUCAGAAAGAAAGGAAACCACUAAACAUUACCACCAUGCCCUUUCACAAGAGACCGCGCGUUAUUUUUUGGUGGUGGUGCGUCUAUCUCUCAUGGGCACUAGUUAUAGCUGUCACUGGGCUAUCAUCAUUUUUCAUUGUGUUAUAUGGUUUGUCUUAUGGCUAUCAGACUUCACAAGAGUGGCUUUUAGCGUCUGCAAUCUCCUUUAUUGAGAAUGUGUUUCUCCUUUCAGUUCUAAAAAUCAGUUUUUUCUCAGCUAUGAGUACAAUUCGUCCAAAAUACUGUGAAAACAUCACAUGGUUAACUCAGGAAAACUAUUCUGAGAUUAAGUUGGCUAAAGAAACAAUGAGUGAUGAUGAGAUGAGAGAGAUGCACUUGAAACUUGCUAAAGUCAGAGGCACCAAGCAGUAUAAGCCUUUAGAAGCUGAUGAAAUUGCGAUCAUGCUGAAAAGGGCAAAAAUUAAAGUCAAGGCAUUUAUUUUUGUAAAAGGUUUCAUCAGCCACCUUGUCUUUUUAACACUGCUAUUAAAUUUUGCCUAUUCCCCUGAGAACACCAACAGUUUCCACUGCAACCGAUUCAUCCGUAACCAAUUCUCUCCACAACUCUCCAGUGUAGAGAAGCUAGAACAUAUCUAUGUGUGGGUGAAGGACUUGUUCUUGCCUUUGAUCCACAAUGACAUUCAGCCAACCUUUCUUCCCGACAGCUGGUCCAAAAUCAUUGGUUUGCCUAGGAUGAGGCAAGUGCGGGCUAAAGGUACUGAGAAAAAAUGUUUCCAUCCUCACAGCUUUGUAAAUAACUUUGUGAUCAGUAAAAGCCACUGUCUUCACAAAUACGGCAGUGACAUCCCAGAGAAAGGUGACUACGCUGGCACUUGGGCCAAGGUUGCCAACCAGUCUGUUUCCAAGGAUGCCAGCAGUUACGGUGGGUUCACUCACCAGCGAAACAGGACUCCGUGGAUGUAUUAUUCAUAUGGAGAUUUGCACACAUAUGGACCAGCAGGGUACACGUUUUACUUUUUCCCUGGAGAAGGAAGACCUAAUUCAACGACAAGGCUGGAUGCUCUACAACAGAGCAACUGGCUUGAUGAAAAGACAUGGGCUGUGAUCAUUGAACUAACUACAUUUAACUCAGAUGCAGAUCUCUUUUGCACCAUCUCAGUCAUAUUGGAAAUGUCUCCUUUUGGGAUCAUAAAACCAAGUUUGUCAGUACACUCUUUAGCACUCCCCAUUUUUCAUCAGCAAACUAAAGCUCAAAUGUUUGUGUUUGUAAUUGUUCUUGCCUUUCUGUUCAUUUACAUUGCAGAUGAGCUUCACAUCAUAGGCCAAGAAAAAAAAGAUUACGUUAAAAACAUUUCCAAUAUAAUCAACUUUGGUUUAAAAUCAGCAUUCCUCCUUUGUGUUUUUUUAAAGGUCAUAAAGUUUAAGGUAGGAGCAGAUAUAGUGAAGUUUUACUUACUUCACCCAAAUGAUUUCAUUCCUUUUCAUGCAGUUUCUCAUUUAGAUCAGAUUUUAAGGAUUACUAUGGGCUUUUUAGCAUUUCUUGUAGUCUUGAAAACUCUAAAAUAUUCUCAAUUUCUUUAUGAUGUGCGCCUGGCACAAAGAUCGAUCUCGGCAGCCCUUCCUGGAAUCUCCUCAAUGGCCCUCGUGGUGGUGGUGUACUUCUUUGUAUUUAUGGCUUUUGGCUACCUUGUGUUUGGGCAGCAUGAAUGGAAUUACAAUAACAUGAUUCACUCAGCUCAGACCAUAUUCUCUUACUGUGUGUCAGCUUUCAGAGAUACCGCAUUUUCCUCCAACAGGUUGCUGGGUGGUCUUUUCCUAGCCUCUUUCAUGUUGGUGAUGAUCUGUGUCUUGAUCAAUCUCUUCCAAGCUGUUAUUAUGUCUGCCUAUGGAGAUAUGAAACAACCCGUAUAUGAAGAACCAUCUGACGAAGCACAAGUGGUUACUUUUGUAUUGCAAAGGCUCAGAAGCAUAUUUUAUCUUCUCAUCUGUAAAAUGUCCAAAACCAGUGAGCCUGAUCUUUUUCACAGUGUACUCUAUGGGCAGCCUGAGAGAAGACAUCAGCAACGUUUAGGGCUCAAGAACAGAAAAAUAAAUGGAAAAAAAAUGGUUUGUCUUGUCAUAUGA